AUGCCUACUCGAAUGCAGCUCGAAACAGCCGCCGCCGACGUUAUCGGCAUUCUCAAGGACGUCAGCGAAUAUUCCGAUGCCAGGGUUGCCGUCAUUGGUGGGCUAGCCCUCUGGAAAUACAUCCCUAAUGGCAGAACUACCGAGGAUAUUGACUUCAUUGUCAACAUCGGCAACGCGCCACAACGCGUCAAACAGAGGCUCCUGGCUCUUCCCAACUCCCCUUUCGUCCAGCAGGCCCAAUUCUUCUACUACAAGACCCCCAGCGGACCCCACAUCCAAAUUGACAUCACUCCGCAGUGGCAGUCCCCGUACAUGCCCGCCACUGCCGCGAAGCUGAGAGACCUCACGGCAGGCGCUAUCCCAUACAUCUCGGCGACCGAUCUCGUCGUCUUCAAGAUGAACUCCUGUGGCUUGCGGCCGCAAACAUCCAAGAAACGUACCGAUGCGGCUGAUGCCCAGGCUCUGCUAGAGAAGCUCACUGUGCAAGCCUCGCUCAAACUCACGAAUGCUCAGAAAGCCAUUGUCGAGCCCAGCGUCGAUGAUGUAGUCGCACACGGCACGAAGACCAUGAUGUGGUGGAGGGAGCACCUCGGUCUGCCCACUAGCCCGUGA